CAAAAAAUAUUGGUAACAUUGGUAUUCACACCCCUAGACUUUUUCCAAAUUUUGUGUUCCAGCUUGAAUUUAAAAUUGAUUACAUUUUGAUUUUUUUUGUCAGUGGCCUAUACUCAAUACCCCAUAAUGUUAGUGGAAUUCAUUUUUUUUUUUUUUACUAAUUAAAAAUGAAAAGCUGAAAUGUCAUUAGUCAAUAGGUAUUCAACCUUUUUGUUAUGGCAAGCCUGAAGUUCAGGAGUGAAAAUGUGCUUAAGUCACAAGAUGUAUGGACUCUGUGUGCAAUAAUAGUGUUUAAUAUGAUUUUUGAAUGACUACCUCAUCUCUGUACCCCACACAUACAAUGAUAUGUAAGGGCCCUCAUUUAAGCAGGGAAUUUCAAACACAAAGUGCAGGGAGGUUUUCCAAUGCCUCGCUAAGAAGGGCACCUAUUGGUAGAUUACAUUUUUUUUUUAAAUAGCAGACAUUGAAUAUCCCAUUGCGCAUGGUGAAGAUAUUAAUUACACUUUGGAUGGUGUAUCAAUACACCUAGUGACUACAGAGAUACAGGCGUCCUACCUAACUUAGUUCCCGGAGAGUAAGGAAACUGCUCAUGGAUUUCACCAUGAAACCUAUGGUGACUAAAAAAGUUACAGGGUUUAAUGGCUGUGAUAGGAGAAAACAGGAUGGAUCAAGAAUGUAGUUACUCCACAAUACUAACCUAAUGGACAGAGUGAAAAGGAAGACUGUACAGAAUAAAAAAUAUUCACAUACAACACAUUACUGAGUACCACUCCACAUUUUCAAGCAUAGUGGUGGCUGAAUUAUGUUAUGGGUAUGCUUGUAAUCGUUAAGGAAUGGGGAGUUUUUCAGGAUAAAAAAGAAUCGGUAUGAAGCUAAGCACUGGCAAAAUCCUACAGGAAAGCCUCGUUCAGUCUGCUUUCCACCAGACACUGGGAGAUUAAUUCACCUUUCAGCAGGACAAUAACCUUAACCACAGUUGCUUACAAAUUAAACGGUACAUGUUCCUGAUUGGCCAAGUCACAGUUUUGACUUAAUUCUGCUUGAAAAUCUAUGGCAAGAUUUAAAAAUGGUUUUCUAACAUUGAUCAACAACCAAUUUGACAAAGCUUGAAGAAUUUCUUUCAAAAAUAUGGGCAAAUAUUGUACAAUCCAGUUGUGCAAGGCUCUUAGAGACUUACCUAGAAUUACUCCGUAAUUGCUGCCUUAAAGGCUCCCAAAGGUGAUUGUAACAUGUAUUGACAGGGUGUGAAUACUUAUGUAAAUUAGAUGUUUAUGUAUUUCAUGUACAAAAAACUAACAAAAAAAUAUGAAAACAUGUUUUCUCUAGAUGAUAAGGUGAGAAAAAAAUUCUCUAUUUAAUCCAUUUGGAAUUCAGGCUGUAACACAACAAAAUGUGGAGUAAGUCAAUGGGUAUGAAUGCUUUUUGAAGACACUAGAUGUGAUAUAGCAGUAAAAAAAAAUGCCUAUUCAGCUCCUGCGUAUAAACUGUUUAUAAUCUGUAGUCAUUAAGUAAAGAUUAACUGAAGUAUCCAUCCAUGUAUCCAAAGAGCCUGCAGCAAGAAUAAAAAACUUAUUUCAUGCAUUCUAUGUAGAUUUUAUGAAUAUUCCCCUUACUUAUUACUACUCAUCAAUCAGUGAAAACCAAGUGUAGUGUUUAGCCAAGAGUAGCCAAGAUUAGCAUUUUGGUCAAUUCAUAAAACAUAUGUUAUUUUGGCCAAGUGAAUUUAUCAGCAAUAUAUACCUUUAUGAAGAUUUUACACUAUUGUGGAGAGAUGUACUGCUUGGAUUCUUUACCUAAGAUAGAUAUAAAUUGAAACAAUUUUAUGUAAUUCAUUUAAUUAUUAUUUUGGCCAAAUUUCAUAUUCACAAAUAUACAUUUACAAACAAAACACCACAUUGUCUUACCUUACAACAACAAAAAUUGUACUAUAUUUUAAGACAAUGAAAUACUCUACCAACAAAAAAGCUGAUAGAAUUAUAAGUGUAUGUCCCUUAAGGCCCUUGUGUAAUGUGAUAUUGUACCCCCUCGCCCAAUUGUCCUUUGUAUCUUAUUUAUGUAAACUUGUGUUCCCCCCGUGUACUUUCUGUAUUGAUUUGUUGUUGGAAAAAAAGAGGAAAAGAAAUGAGAUCCGUUCUGAUUGUGCGACGUCAUUCUCUUUGGCAACCAAUGAAAGAGGUGCAUUCUAUGAAGCGGUAUCCAAUUAGAAUCAACAGAGCGGUAUUUGAAUGACUGUGGAAUUGUUCGUUGUGACUUGUUUACUUGGGCCUUGUGUCUGUGGAGAUAGCGAGCAAAUAACAGAACUAAAGCGAGGUUUUGCACAUUAUAGCUGGCUGUCUAACUGCCGUGUUUUUAACAAAGUGUGAAGAUGUCGUCAUUAGAAGUUCGUGCUGCGUUAAGGAACGCAGACAACCCAGCACUAAUGGGAAAAGCAAACGUAGCUGGAGUAAGAAGGGCUGUGCUUGGAGAGCUGUCCAACUUUCCUAAUGCCAGCAAAGCGGUGCUGUUUAAGAAGACUGUUGCUGCUAAGGCUUCAACCAAACAAUCUAUGAACCAAAAAGACCAGCCAGCAGCUGUUCGGCCUCAACGUUCCCCAGUGCAUCAAGUUCCUCAGCCUGGAGAGUCUGCUAACGUGUCCAUGAAAGAAGAGGAAUUGUGUCAGGCGUUCUCAGUAGCUCUACUUGCUGUAGAAGACAUUGACGAAGGGGAUUCAGACAUGCCACAACUGUGCUCUGAAUAUAUAAAGGAUAUCUAUGGAUAUUUGCAGCGCCUUGAGACCCAGCAGUCUGUCCGGCCCAAGUACAUGAAUGGCUAUGAGAUCAAUGGACGCAUGCGCGCUCUCCUGAUUGACUGGUUGAUUCAGGUGCAUUCCAGGUUCCAGCUACUGCAGGAGACUCUUUAUUUGACUGUGGCCAUCCUAGAUCGCUUUCUUCAGGUAAGCCUCGUUAAAAAUAAAGUUUUGAAUUGUACAUCCCAUUGUUCACUUUUUUAUAACCCCUCUAUCAAGGUGCAAACUAUCGGCCGGAAGAAGCUCCAGCUGGUUGGCGUGACUGCCAUGUUGUUGGCAUCCAAGUAUGAAGAGAUGUAUUCCCCGGAGAUUGGCGAUUUCGUUUACAUCACAGACAAUGCAUUCACCAAGGCCCAUAUUCGGGAGAUGGAACAGCUGAUUCUGCAGAGUCUGAACUUUGAGCUUGGACGGCCUCUACCCCUACACUUCCUCAGGAGAGCCUCCAAGGCUGGCAAUGCUGAUGUUGAGAAGCACACACUAGCCAAAUACCUCAUGGAACUGACCCUCCUUGACUAUGACAUGGUGCACUACCAUCCUUCUGAGAUUGCUGCUGCAGCCUUGUGCCUCUCCCAGCUGCUGCUUGAUGAGCUCAACUGGACUCCAACGCAGGAGCAUUAUUCUACCUAUAAUGAGAACCACCUCAAGCCAAUCAUGCAGCACAUUGCCAAAAAUGUCGUCUCUGUCAAUGAAGGGCGAACAAAGCUUCAGGCUGUCAAGAAUAAGUAUGCAAGCAGCAGGCUAAUGAGGAUCAGCCUCAUCCCUCAGCUGAAGUCUGCAGUUGUAAAUGGCAUGGCUGCUGCUCUGCUCCCAGAACAUAAACCCUAAUGUCAUGUGAUUACAGACUGAUUCUUAAUCUGCUGCACUUUAUUUUUUAACAAUUUUUUUGUCUCUAAGAAUCUAUCGUGAGAGCCUUUUAGACUGCUGCUUUUAAGUACAUGUAAAUAUUUAAAUUUGUACAAAUAAAAGUUUUGAACCAUCUUAAA